AUGUAUAAAAAACUCAAUUGCACAGAUGGUGUAUUACCGAGAGCCUACGGUGUGCCAAAAAUUCACAAAACGGGCCAUCCACUCCGAGUGAUCGUGUCGUCGACUAACACCCCGUUGUAUGAGCUGGCUGCAUUCUUACACAAUAUAAUAAACAGCUCCAUACCGACAACCAGCAGCCACAUAAACAAUAACUUCCAACUAGUUGAGAAAUUAAAGAACAAAUACAUACACGAAAACUUUAAAUUAAUUUCCUUAAAUGUGGUUUCAUUGUUCACAAACGUCCCAAUAGAUCUUGCCAUGGACAGCAUUAACAACAGAUGGAAUCACAUCAAUAAUAAUUGCAAUAUACCUCGCGACGAAUUUCUCAAUGCAAUCAGAUUCGUUCUGGACUCAACAUUCUUCACGUUCAAUGACAUCAUUUACCGUCAAACUUUUGACACACCAAUGGGCUCUCCUCUCUCUCCGAUUAUAGCCGACAUUACGCUACAAGAUCUGGAGAUGAGGGCGAUCGAGAUUCUACCUAUUUCAUUACCAUUUUACUAUAGAUAUGUAGACGACGUCGUGUUGGCUGCUCCCCCCUCCAUGUUCAGCGCCAUAUUGCAAACGUUUAACUCAUUUCAUCCUAGACUGCAGUUCACUAUGGAGGAGGGAGCAGACAACAGACUGAACUUUUUGGACACAACCAUUAUUUUAGAAAACAAUAUUAUUAACUUUGAUUGGUAUCGCAAACCUACAUAUUCAGGCAGAUACUUAAACUUUGAGUCUCGACACCCUCUCUGCCAGAAAAAAGGCACUGCCAUAAGCCUCAUCGAUAGAUCCUUCCGGCUUUUCCACCCGCGCUUCCACCAAAAAAACCUCGAACUCGUGGUGAAUAUUUUACUCAAAAGCGGGUAUCCAUUGUCUUUUAUUUUUUCCACGUUACAAGAACGCAUAAAAACACUAAUCAUAACAAACAACAAACAGAUUGACACAACUCAAACUACGAUUCCAACAGAUAGUGCAAGCAACAAUCGCACACAUUAUUUUAACAUCCCGUACAUUCCAUUAUUCUCUGAACAAUUCCGGCCUGUGGUCCGUGACUUGAAAACCAAAAUAUCUUAUACAGGCGUAAACAAACUGAAAAAAUUCAUCCGUGUACAAAAGGACAUAUUACACAACGAAAUACGUAACAACGUCGUCUACAAAAUAACAUGCAAGGACUGCAACGCCUCGUACGUUGGACAAACAAGUAGAUUCCUGAAAACUAGAAUCGCCGAACAUAAGAAUCACAUUAGAAAAAACACUGCACAACAUUCGGUCAUCACGGACCACAGGCUCAAUAACCAUGAGUUCGCAUGGGAUGAGGUGGAGGUUUUAGAUGAAGAACGCAAUGGCAAGCGCUUGAUGUCGGAGGUGAUAUUCAUCACAAGACAAACUAACAGUCUUAAUUUACAAAGCGAUACGGAGAAUCUACAUCACGCAUACCUCACGCUGGUGGAGAAUCUACCAAAAAUUUAA